AUGGUUCAUCCCAGCUUUAGUGCAACUCAACCACACAACGAGGCAUUACUCUGUUCCAUCUGUGCAAAUCUAGAUUUCUAUCAGAUCUUCCUCAAUGGCAUCCCAGAGACGGAGGACAUCCCGCUCGAUAAUCUCUCGUCCAUCUUACGAAAAUCCUAUCAAUGCAAUUUCUGCCGCCUCAUAUCCUUUCAUGUCCGUCGAAUGUGGAUGCUGGACCAGUUUCCUCCCAUCGAUAUCUCAGGGAUCGAAUGUCGGAUGUUCACGAAAGGUUGUGGUUGUCUCCAGUUAGCCUCUUAUCCCCCUUCUAAAUUCCGACAUUUGGAAGAGAUACCCAGCUUUAGGAUAGCAGGUGCGCUCAACAUUCACCUUAUGCAAGAAGACACUUUCAAGUUUGGAAGACCGACCGACCUUCAUUGUCGCAGGGUGAAAAACACCGUGGAUAUCAACAUGGUGAAGAAGUGGAUCAAAUUGUGCCAUGCGAGCCAUGGUGAUAUAUGUAAAAGUCUUUCAAGAAUAGGCGAACACGACAAGAGGAAAUUGCCAGGGUUUGUGAGAGUGGUGGACGUAGUAUUGAUGGCCGUGGUUCCCGCGCCUUCUGGUUGUUGUUACGUCGCCCUCAGUUACAUAUGGGGAGGCAUCGGCGCAGAGUAUUGGACGACGAAGGACAAGCUAGCAGAGCGCGGCAAGCCUGGCGGGUUGAGCACGGCAAAGCUCCCUGAUACCAUCACUGAUUCGAUUCUAUUCGUUCGACAACUUGGUGAACGUUACAUAUGGAUCGAUGCUUUAUGCAUUAUUCAAGACGACUCGCAGGACAAGUUCGCUCAGAUCCACGAUAUGGAUCUGGUGUAUGGUCUUUCUUAUCUCACAAUAAUCGCUGCCGGUGGCACUACGGCUCAAGACCCUCUCCCAGGGUGCCGCCCACAAACUAGAACGCCACAGCAUAUCGAAGUCAUUCAAGGACUUCAUCUCUAUGCGGCACCUCCAAGACUUAAGGAGGCUCUUGCUUUGUCCGCAUGGAACACACGUUGUUGGACCUAUCAAGAAUGUGCGCUUUCCCGUCGAAGAAUAUACUUUACUGGGCAUCAAGUCUACUUCGAGUGCCAGUUCGAUGUCUUAUGUGAAGAUGUCAUUGCUGAAAGCAAGUGUGACUCCACCAAUUUCCUCAAGGAUUCACGAGCAGAAUACUUCCCUCAUUACAUGAUGGCCGUGAAACAGUGUGCACGGCGCAAUCUAACCGUGGAAUCGGACAUUAUUGAUGCUCUCACCGGAGUGACAAAUGCUUUAGCAAAAGCUUUUGGGCUCGGUGACCCAGACAGAGCUUUUCGCUAUGGAAUUAUGUUGACGGACCUACAUCAUGCGCUUCUCUGGCAACACAAUCCACACACACCUCGUACUCGUCGUUCGCUCCCUGAUGGAUGCAGUUUACCCUGGCCUUCUUGGGCAUGGGCUACGUGGUGUGGUGCUGUUGACUACAUGUCGGAGCAUCGGUAUUUGCCUUCGGUGGUAGAAAUGUUUGUUGAUCCAUGGUACAUCGUGGACCGCAGUGGCAUUAUACUGCAGCUUGAUGUACGCAGGGGUUCUCGCCGGGUCGUUUUGAUUCGCGAGACAGAGGGAGAGGGAUCAACCGGCGACGUGGUGAAGAAUCCCAUCCAUCUAUUCAUCACUGGUCUUUUCGACAUUCUCUCCGCCUCCUCGCCUCCCACUUGGGUAGACGUUGCCUUGCCGACUUCCCUCGAAUUCAUCGUCCUUUCCCAUACCGGUAUACUCGGCGCGUACGACGAAGAGAGGAUUGAGUAUUACCAAGAAUGCCUGCCUACAUGUGAUGGCGGUUAG